AUGCGGGAUGACUAUAUACCCAUAGUCGCAGGCCAACUUUUGUCCAUUCUGGUGGCUAUCCUUCCGAACCUGAGUCACAUUGGCCUUGAAAAAAGUUUCCAGUGGCGGUUCGAUGUGUCACCUACUACUCUCGACAAACUGGGCGUCAGCUCCAUUGCUCUUAAGACACUCGAGACUGAUUAUAAUCUCCCAAAUUUAUUUGCUCGGGCUCCGGAGCUUGAGACCUUGGUGACGUCCGGGUCAGAGAGGUUCCCGAGUAUGCCUUCCAUAAGGAACCUUCACAUUGGAUCCAGGAACGCCGUUCUUGCCUCUAACAUAGAGCACCUUAUAUCAGCAUGUACUGGUACUCUAUCCGCGUUUUCUUACACUUCAUGCGACUCUGACGUCCUUGGUGUCGUAAAUUUCCUCGACAAGCCAAGGUUCCACGCAAGUCUUGAGACUCUGCACCUUAACAUGACAAGACGGGAUCACCAGGGCGAUCAUAAAAUGCCCAGCUUAAAGCAGUUCACCCACCUCAAGAAACUCUUCCUCCCUACAUACCUUCUUUACGGCCGGAAAUUCCCCGCCUGCUGCGGGGGAAGGUGCAAUUUCAAGUCUCUUGUUGACACCCUUCCGUCUAGCAUCAUGUCUCUUGAUCUCUCGGAACAGACGCUGACGCCAAAUGGCCGUAUGCAGGAUGAUCUGCUCUCCUUAUCCGAGGAUGUGGCUUUCGCCUUCCCGCAGUUAAGGGAAAUCCGAAGCAAUUCUGAUUAUCUCUGCGAUGAGUACCCUAAGGCUUUGUUCAAGAGCGUUGGGAUCGAUCUUAUACAUCAAGAUCCGAGCAUAUGUUGCUGGGUAGACACAGCUCUUACAACAAUCCUCAACUCGUUGAAUCAUCAUCACAAUCUAUUUUGGUAUGUCGCUAGGUACGGCGAUGCCUUGUGA